CUUUAUGAUUUUAGUUGGCCCAAACGGUCAAGUGGGUCUUCAUAUGAAGGGUUUCCGGGGAAUGGCCCCACUCCUAGAUAUGAAUAAGACUUUUAUGCCUAUUGGGACCCUAUCCUAAACAAAUAAAGUCCUUGUAGGUCAGAACCGCUCAGUCUCGACUUUUAUGUACUGCAGUGUUGACUGAGUCCACUAUUCUUUGGUGCUUCAUUAAUGGAUCCACGGACCUGUUGAAAGGAGGCCUUCAUCGUCGAGCAUGUUCAAACCAGUUCCGAUGAUAGAUUUGAAUAAAAAAAAAGGAACAAAACGGACAAUGCUCAAGGGCCAAUUCCAAAGUGAACCACUCAGAGACUCACGUGGGUUGCCAUGAUAAUUGACGUUCAUUCCCAACCCGUUAGCUUCGACAGACCAUCCACAUUCAGCUCUAGAUCCUCCCCCCAAAUGUGUAAGGAUCGAUAUUUGGAACCAUUUUCCUGUUUUCUUACUAGUCAAGGUCCUUGUUCCACGACAGAUCAUGAUCACGAUUCACAUGCUUAGGUUGUUAGGGCCUGGUUAGCGUAUCUGCGUAUUAAGAUUUUUUAUCAACUGUGGACACGAACUAGCGUGAUCAUUGCUUGGAAGCAUGGUUAAAAAACAAGUGGACUUUUAUUGGAAUCAUAUCAGGUCGGUUCCACUUGGAACAAAACUUUGUCUUCCACGAUGGCAAAUGUAACGUUGAUGGAUGGAUGGGUGUAAUACGUAUUACAUAUCAUGGUGUUAUGCUCUGUUAUCCAAUGUGAUCUUUUUUCAUUCAUUGACUGGCCUGCGUUUCUGUCUUUCAAAGUUGAGGGACAAAAACCUUUGCCUUGAGAUUGAGGGAUGUCGUGUUCUAGUAGAGCAAACUAAAACGACCAUCAUCUCAUCUCCGCCCACGUCGUUCAGGUUUAGCUUUGUUAAACACUCCUUUAUCCCAUGUUUUCUUCCUCAGGAUUAGAGAGCAAGUGCCAUUGCACAAUGAUGAUGGGCCAUUGAAUACACCGCCAAUCCAAGAUGGCUUUGGAAUUCCCCUCCAUUAUGAAUAUGGUUUUGGAUCCCAGGAGGAAUUCGUCUCUCCUGAGGAUUUCAAGCGAGUCCAUAGACUCCUUCACCGGCUCCUCCAACGAGAGUGCGUGGGAGUACGCUGAGAGCCCGGCCAUCCCCAGUGAGAUCUUCUGGGGAUCCAGUUGCUACUUGAUUCUGGUGGGGAGCUUUGGGAUCGCCAGCAACUUGACGGUCUUGAUAGUGUUCCUCACGCAUAAAAAGCUCCAGACGCCUUUCAACUUGGUGUUAAUGAACUUGAUCGUGGCGGAGCUGCUUAUUUCGCUAAUUGGCAUUCCCAUUGAUCUCACGGCCAGCUUGCUCCAGGGUUGGAAACUCGGAUACCAUCUUUGUCUCGUGACCGGAUUCUCCAUGACACUCUUGGGCAUGGUCUCCAUUUUCACCCUAUCCUCUUUGGCUAUUCAAAGAUGGAUGUUGGUGACUCGACCCGGCAAAUUCUCCCUCAACAACUGGACGCACACCCGAUUGAACCUGGCCCUGAUUUGGUUCCUCUCAAUCGCCGUGGCCCUCCCGCCUCUACUAGGCUGGUCCUUCUAUGCCCCGGAGACCUCGGGACUAAGUUGUGCACCAGCUUGGGAGGACCCCAAAUCGAUCGGUUUCAAUUGGUACAUGCUCUCCCUUGGGUUCUUUUUGCCCACUUCGGCAAUGGUCUACACUUCGGGGAGUGUCCUUCUGAACCUAAAAGUGAAUGCGUCCAAUCAAAAGGCGGCCUCGGUGAUUCGUCGGAGCGCUCAGAAGCGCGAGAACAAAGUGACGAGGAUGGUGAUGUUCAUGAUGACCUCGUUUACCAUUUGCUGGUUUCCAUAUGCCCUCAUGUGUUUGUACCGGAUCCUCAUUGGCCAUACCGCUCCGCUGAUGAGUGCGUUUCCAUUGCUUUUUGCCAAGAGCUCCAUUUGUUGGAAUCCCAUCAUCUACAUUCUCAUGAACAAUCAGUUCAACGCGCUUCUCAUUCCCAAGUUCUGGCGGAAUGUGUCCUCGGAUGACGGCUCCCACACCACAAACCAUCACCCCACCAAACCACCCCACAUCAAGAACCGGUUUACGUCGCCAGCUCCCUUGAUAGGGUCGCUUUCGGGUCAGACCUACGACAUGUCCAGCAAAGACAAGCCACGCCCCGAUUCACACAACACUCAAGUGCUAGACCAGCCCAACUCCGAGCAAAUCGGUAGCAUCAGGAUCACCUUCACCCAACCUUGGAGGGAUGGGUCCAAACUGGCCGACAUGGACAGCACUGAGGCGGUUUACGGGGAUGAAAGCGCAUAUCGGAACAAGACCACGAUUGCCCGUAUCCAAUACACCAGCAACUUCAAAGACUUCAAAGAAGAUACCAGAUUUUAACACACACACACACACCCUCCUCGUUGGUUUAGUGCAUUGUGGUUGGCAAAAGAUGAAAACGUGAUGGAUUUUAUCGCGAUGCACCCGACGUCUCCUUGAGUACCUGAUCGAAUGCUCUCAUAUCUCCAUCCCUCUCUUUCUUCCAAAAAUGAUAGACAAUUUUAUCUUGUAUCGUACAGUAAAUGUUAAUAUGUCUCUGUGACUUUCUGGGGCCAUCCCCAACAAAUUGCUGGAUAGACAGUGGUCCAAAUAAAAGUUUUUUGUGACAUCCUU